AUGGAAGACUCUUACAAGGAGUUUGUAACACUUGGAAUGUUUAUCAUCGACAUCUUUCGAUACGUCGACAAUGAGGGCAAUGAUAUAGAUCAAUCCCAAGCCGAUAACCAAGUGCUCGGAGUCCUGAUAAUGCUACGGACCAAGAUUGGCGGCGGGGGCACUUAUUGCGCAGUCGGCGCAAGGAUCUGGCUGCCGCCGCCCAAGAUUGGCAUGAUAGUUGAUAGAGGCCAUGAUUUCCCUUCCGAUGUGCAACGAGAAUUAGAUAAUUAUGGUGAAGAUAUAUGGUUAUUUCGCGACAACCCCACGCGGAGAACUACGCUGGCGGCAAAUAUUUACUGCGGAAACCAUCGACGAUUCGAGUAUUUAACCCCAGGAUUGCAGAUUUCUCCAAACGACCUCACGUCUACAGGACUUCAGUUCCCUUCUUACCUACAUUUCAUAUGUUCGCCUCAAAGAGCUUCCGAAAUACUGAGGGAGAUAGACGCAGUGCCAUCGUGGUUCCCAUUUAUUAUAUACGAGCCAAUACCUGAUAGAUGCAUCCCUGAAGAACUCUCGGCACUAAAACUUGUGGUUGAACGUAUUGAUGUUCUCAGUCCCAACGCAGAGGAAGCCCUCAGCAUUCUGUCAAUGCACCAACUGCCUCGACGGGAAACCAUUGAACAGGCCGCACAAGCGCUUCUUGGUUUGGGGGCAAAGGCGGUUAUCGUCCGCAGUGGCGCAUUAGGGGCGUAUGUUAUUCCUGGGCAUGGUCAAUCUGGGCAUUGGGUAGAGGCAUAUUUUGGUGCCGAGGAUGGCCAGCGCAUCAACGACGUUACUGGGGCUGGUAACGCGUUUCUUGGUGGUCUCGCUGCCGGACUCUCUUUCUGCAAUGGGGAUCUUUUGGAAGCCUCCUUCUAUGCAACGGUGUCGGCAAGCUACACGAUUGAACAGUACGGAUUACCCCUCCUGACCUCUCGAACUUCAUCCGAUGGGUCGAAAAUUGAGCUGUGGAAUGGUGAGAAUCCUUUCUCCCGCCUGAAGAAUGUGAAAGAUCGCUUCCUGUCCACCUCCCAUCAUGCAAGUGUUCACGGUUGA